AUGAAGGGCACCUUACACUUAAAAGUCAACAAAAGCCCCAACAGAAAUAGAGAAACGCUUAAACAUUUGCAGUUUGCAGUAAGCGUAAACAACCAUUUGACGAUUCCGGAUAUAGAUUCAGCAAUUUACGCACGCGCUCUUUCAUACCGACGAGACGCUAUUCAUGUUUUUUCAAGCAGAUGGGCGCCAAGAGAGCCGUUUAAAAGGUCUGACUUUUAUGAAGAUGCCGUUUUAACGGAAGGCUUGCGACAAGGUAGGCAUGGUCUUGGGUCUGUGUACGUUUUUCCUGCUGGACAGCCGGGAUCAGGUUUGGCUAACCACAUUGGUAGCAUUACCGUCACCUGUUUAGAUGUCAACGGAACUGUUGCUGAUGUUACCGCCGACAAUGCAGCUACCCUUGUGUCUGUAUUUUGUAACGGCCGAAGAAAAACAGAUACAAGAAUGGUGACCUCUGGAUAUGACAGUAGAAAGUGUGAAACGACACAUGACGGUGAAUUGAUCAGCACCUCCAUUGUUUCCGGAAUGAUUGCACUUCUAUUAGAGUCCACGUAA